UUGAGUGUGUAAUUAUGAUUUGAAGCAGGUAACAAAGCACAGAGUAAAAAAGUAAAAGCUCAAAGUACCAGAAACACUCUGUAAAUGGAACCAGGUGCAGAAACUGAGGGGAAGGUGAGAAAUGGUCUGGAAUUGGUGAAACAUGUUGAUUUUCUAGGGCCCUCAACACGUUACCAUUCUGUGUUUAAAGGGAAAGCAACAGAUGCUGCAGAUUGUGAAAGAGGCAAGUAUAUGCUCAUUAAAGAAGCUGAUGAAGAACUAGGAACAUACGACAAGCCCCUACCUUGUUUCGGCUGUGGGAUCGGGUGGUUCUCAUUUCUGUUAGGAUUUGUAUUUCCUGUUUUGUGGUAUUAUGCGACUUUACUCUACUUUGGAAAUUACUAUCGAAAGGAUCCUAGGGAGCGAGCUGGUCUUGCUGCGUCUGCUAUCGCUGCAUCGGCGUGGUCAGUUAUGUUAUUAAUUGUUGUAGCCAUUAUUAUACUAUAAAGCUUGAUCAAUCUCUCCAAUGGCUUCUGCUCUUCUCAUGGCAACUUUCUUUGAAGAUGGAUUCCAUUAUUAAAACAUUCAAUUCAACAUGAGUUUUAGCAGCUGUCCAAGGUACACACAUUAGUCAUACAUAUACGACUCAUAACAUGAAAAUUAAUACACAAUCUAAUAUAUAUGUUAUUUUUGUGAUAUACAAAUGUGUAUAUUUAUUUAUAUAUUAUUCCAUAAAAAAAAAUUCUGGAUCUAUUAAGUGACGAGUUCUUCACAAACAUGACAAAUGUAUGUU